CUCCUUGGAAGGGGGCGAGGUCAUGAAGUUCCAGAGUUUCUGUACAAGCUGCAGCUUGGGGGAACAGGAGGCUUGCAAAAAUGGGCUCAUAUUCUUCACAUCUGUCCAAGAUCGAGGACGUGCAAGGAAUUAUCCAGGAGACAGGCUUCACUAAGGCUCACAUUUGUCGUCUCUACGAUCGAUUUGAAGAGUUGGACAAAAAUAACAAGGGAACGUUGAGCCGGGAAGAUUUCCAACGGAUUGGAGAGCUUGCUGUGAACCCACUUGGAGAUCGGAUAAUCAAUGCUUUCUUCCCAAACGAGAGGCAGACUCUGGAUUUCCGCUCAUUCAUCCGGAUCCUGGCGUGCUUCCGACCCACAGUGAAAGACAAGACCACCGAUCCCAAUGCACCAGAGCCGAUUAACAGUCGUACCAACAAGUUGCGGUUUGCUUUCCAACUGUAUGACCUGGACGGAGAUGGGAAAAUCUCCAGGGAGGAACUUCUUCAGGUGCUUCGUAUGAUGUUGGAGGCACAAGUUACGGAUGACCAACUGGAGAGCAUCACUGAUCGAACAAUCCAGGAGGCUGACCUGGAUGGAGAUGGCGCCAUCUCAUUUGAAGAGUUCCGAAAGUCACUCGAGAAUAUUAAUUUGGAGCACAAGAUGAGCAUUCGAUUUCUCCAGUAAUGCCUGGACUGCUGCCCAGCGGAAGGUUCGCCCAAGAUCUGUGUUCCUGAGGAGAGUAAAUGGACUGAGAUAGAAACUGCCGUGUUUUUGUUUCUGCUUUGAGAUUUCAAUGGCUUUCUUGAAUCCCUCUCACAUUUCGUUGAGUUUCUGCAGAGAGUUCGGGGUCUCUGCAGGGAGUGGGAGAUUUUGGCAUCAUUCCCAACCUGUCGAUCUGUUCUCUGGCAAAAUGGGGGAUUGCAAAUCCAUUUGGUGUUCUGGAAUCAAACAGCAGAAAAGUCAGCUAGGGUUUCCACUCUGGGCAGAAUUUAAUCCAUGCAAUGGGGGCGCUCUGCAUUGGCUGGAGAGCUGGUAAGAGUCCCACAUCUCUUCUAUUGGGGACAACACAUUGAAUUAACUUGCAUGAUCAACAGUGAACCUAGCCAGAGAUCCAGGAUCCUGGAAAUCCUGCAAUCCCCCCUGCCCGAGCAGAGGUGAACAAUUGUCUAUUGCAGGCAGCGCCACUGGGAGAGCGGUGGCUGGUGCUAGGAAUACAGUCACCUGAGGUUGCAGCUCACCAAAGGGAUCAAGCCACUGUUGAGUGUGGGUCAGAAGGUGGAGUGUGGAGGUGCUGUCAAUGUGUCCCACCUCUCCAAUGUCGGCUCCCUCAAUCAGGCACUAAGAGCCAAUGAGGUGGCUAGCUCGAGUCUAGAAAACCCAUCUCAGUCGAAAGUGCUUUGUCACAGUCAGUGUUCACAACAGGGAGUCUGAUGUGGGAUGAUGUCAGUCUAUUGUCCUUGGAAGCAAAUUGGGGGAGUCAUGGGGCAACCAAGUGCCAAGGUGGGCUGUUUAAAUGGCCUGUCUCAGUUCAAUAGGACUUCUUCCCUCUUGUUUGCUUACAUUUAAGCCCCCCAGCCAUCACAUCUCACACUCCAUCACAUUCCCACCUGCCCCACAUGUUACCUCCAUGUCAACUUGUGCCCAACAUACCCCAAUGGCCCCUCACAUCACCCUUGACAACUCUAACCGCUUCCAUUCUCAUUUAUCCAGUACAGGAUCAACAAAUCUUACAAUGGCACAUGAGGCUCUGCUUUUCCCAUUCAUAAUUCUAACCUUUUUAAAAGAAAACUCGCCACAAACCAAUAAAAAUGUUAAUCAACCAGACCUUUAAAGUAUCAAUAACAAAUUAUAAGUGUUUAUUUUGAGGAACACUGUGCCAUUGAUAAAAGUGAUCGCACAAAGCAGCUGAUGAUACUGUCAAAACCCUGUAAAUCUAAUUUAUACAUGUUACGCAACCCUGAGCGUAAAUACAGGGUAGGGGAAUGGGUCUGGAUGGAUUACUCUUCGGAGGAUUGGUGUGGUCUUGUUGGGCCAAAGGGCCUGUUUCCACACUGUAGGGAAUCUAAUCUAAUCAUGUCAGACCUCAUGCUUUGCUGAAGCCUUGACUCCCAUAAAAGGAUUGUGGGUAAGCUUGUUGACCGAGGUACAGAACAGAUUGACCACAGAAGUGCUCCCAAACAAAAUGCUCCCGAUAUGGAAAACUGACUGUGAUUUUGUUUUCUUAUUCCUUCAUGGGAUAUGAGCUCUUGUUGCCGAUCGUUAAUUGUCAUUAGGAGUCAACAGUGAACCACUGUCACAAACUGCCGCAGUCCAUAUAGUGUAGGGGCACUCUGUUGUUAGGGUGGGGGGAUGUCAGGCUAACCCAAUGACAAUUAAGGAACAGCAACUAUAGUUUGUUAUAAAAACAGAUCAGUACCCCAAAUUACUGACAGAUAAAUUGAAUCUUUAAGUACAACAUAUGUUUUUAAAAGAAAGACAUAAAAGUCAAAGAAUAGUUGAGGAUGUAAAUUCAGCAGCUGUCUACAAUCCCUAUGUGGAUUGCAAGGAAUCCAAGAGGAAUCAUGAAAUGUGAUACCCUGAAGAGUGUCAUGGGAACUUCAAACAGAAACACCUCAAAGGGAGAGAUGCCAUUCAGAAAACUAAGCUGUGUUCUCCCAUGGCUUAUGUCAUAGACUGAUGAAUUGAAAAAAAAAAGUCAGUUCUGGGCAAAAACCAUUUUUUUAAACCAUUCCAGAAGUAUAAAAGUAAGGUAAGAGUUACAAACUAGCCAUAACCCCGGUCUCUGUGUGUUAGUGUGCAAGUUUGUGGUUCAAGUUCUACUUGUGCUAUGAAGAGGCACAGAUGAAAUUUCCUCUAGAUGCUACAGGUAAAUGACAUAGCCUCCCUCUCGACUGAAACCAAGCCAAGUGAGCAAAUCCAUUGUUGAAAGAAAGUUAACAAAACCUUUCAGUUAACUGCAGAACAAAGGAUCUCCAAACUGCCAAAAGCAUUGCUGCCAGAAUCACCACCUUAACAUUUCACAAUUGAUUAUUCAUCGGCAAGUUGAAGAUCAGUUUUGCUUUUUGGUUUCACUUGACGCUUCUAAUCUGUGUGUAUGUUUGACACAUUUUAAUGAUUUUUUUGUGUGUUUUUAGUUGCUAAUAAACUCACUCUCCAUUUAA